AUCAUGCUCAGAGUUGCCCUUCUCUACUUCGCUGUUCACAUCAUACACGCCGUGGUGGCCUGGCAAGUCCCUAGCGACUACGCCAUCGCCCCCUCACCGGACGGCCGCUUCCUGCAGCAGUCCACCGGCGAGCCAUUCUUCUGGCAGGCCGACACCGCGUGGCUGCUGUUCCACCGGCUCAACUACAGCGAGGCGGAGACCUACCUGACCGACCGCGCACGCAAGGGAUUCACCGUUGUUCUUGCCGUCGGCUUCACCCAGGAAGGGAUCACCAGCCCCAACCGCAACGGCGACCUGACGUUCAUCGACGAAGAUGUGACGCGACCGAACGAGGCGUACUGGGCCUAUAUCGACUCAAUUGUCGCACUGGCAUGGAGCAAAGACAUCCGCAUCUGUCUGGUGCCCGCGUGGGGGAAGUUCGUGCAUGGAAGCGACAACUCCGCCAGCGUUCUCAAUUCGACGACCGCAGCCCGCUUCGGCCACUUUAUCGGCCAGCGGUACCCCUACCUCCCUAAGACCCUCGUGGCCGACACCAACCCCUACUGGCAGAACAAGACCGCCGUCAAGGUGGACUACCUCCGAGGAGGAGUCUCCCCGACCCUUGAAGCGGUGGACUGGUCGCCCGUCUACGAUGCAUUAGCUGAGGGGAUCGUGGCCGGCGAGCGGCAGGCCCUUCGAUCAACGGCAUCCUCCUCAGCAGCAGAGAAAUGGCAACCUCUCAUGACCAUCCACCCCACCAACCAAUGGUUCACCGGCGGUCCCAUUGCCCUAGCGCACGCCUUCUUCGGGAACCGCAGCUGGCUCACGCUGGACAGCAGCCAGUCCGGCCACACGGACUACGCGCCCAACCCUCCGAUCCCGUGGUGGAACUGUCGGCGGGGCUGGGAGCCCGUCGAGCGCAUGUAUGCGGCGGGGAACUCCUCUACGCGACCGGUCCUCGACAACGAGGCGCACUACGAGCACCGGUACAAUGACGGGAAUCCCGACUCGUUCUAUUGGAAUGCCAGUGACGUGCGCAUCGGGAGCUGGCAGGCGGUCUUCUCCGGCGCGGCAGGCCUAACCUACGGAGCCAACGCAGUUCAACAAAUGGCUAUCCCCGGGUUAUACGCCUCGGAUGGGAGUGGACCGGGCGACGACUGGGCGCAGGACCUCGUUCUCCCGGCGUCCAGUCAGAUGCAGUGGAUCCAGAAGGUGGUGAUGGACCGGGGUAAGGACAGCUAUUUCCGACGCGUGCCGGGGCAGGAUCUGCUGGUCGGGGAUGAGGGAGCGGAUGAUGCCAGGGUCACAGCGACCAAAGAUCGUCGCGGGGAGUGGAUCUUGGUGUAUACGCCCACGGGCAAAGAAUUCCGGGUUGAUACCGGGGGGCUGAGCUCGUGUCAAGUGCGCGCGAGUUGGUUUGAUCCGUUGGAUGGGACGUAUACCUCGUUUGAUUAUACGCAGUGGGCGCAGGAUUCGGUGCGAGCGUUUACGCCGCCGGUUGGACAGGGGCAUGUGGAUUGGGUUUUGGUGCUGGAGGUGGUUUGA